UGUAUAAACAUCAGUCUUUAAAAUUAACUAUUCGAAAUAGUGCUACUAGUGUUAUUAACGAUACUAAUACUAUUCGGGCUAGUUUCAAGAUUCCAACUAUACGUCCUCAGCACAGUCUUACGAAGUUGGAAAAAUUUUAUGCCGAAUAUAUAAAAGUGAAGACACAUCACAAGAGGGAAAAAAAUCGAAAGCACAAAAACAGAAUGUUGAAAAGUUUAACCAAAAACUAGAUAAAUUGUUCGAUAUUUCGAAUUCCACAAUGGUUAAGAAUUUGCCAAAAGAGCAGCAACAAUUUCUGAAUGAGUGUCAAAAGGGGAAAACCAAUCUUCACUCGCCCGUUACUAAUUUCUUGCCGGUGGAAACUUUUCAGAAUAAAUCUGACACUGAACAGGAGAUAACAAAUGAAGAUAAUGAGAAUAAUACAGACGAAAUUGGCAUGAAAUUAUCGCAACAUUCGAUGCCAGCAAGUUUUUGUAGUCUAUCAUCAAAUUCCAGUGGGUUGAAACGAACAUAUUCUGAUUUUGAGGAUGAACUCCCUGUUCCUCCUAAAAAGAAAAAAAUCAAUAUUUUUUAAGAUUUGAUUCAACAUUUUGUGGAAAUUCAAUGCUAGGUAAACUUCAAUGAUUAAUAUCUCAGAAAAUAUCGAUCUUAGUGAUUUGGUGCUGAGGACCUUUUUUGUAGAGAAUUGAAUUUCCUACAAAAUUAUCAUUUACAUUUUUUCUGUAUGUCUUGUUGUUUAUGAGAUAAUGAGUGAAAAAACAAGAAUUCUAUAAAAAAUUCGGUUUGGCGGUCCGUACUACCCCGCCAGUAUGUGUUACGACUUCGCGACAAUGGACACUUUUGUAGAGCAUUUAAUUCUGAAAAAAACCCGUCCAUGGUCAAAGCGAUGCUAUAAAAUGCCACUGAGCUAUAGAAAUUUAAAAAAAAAAAAUGAAAGUUCUCGUAUAAUUCAAAUGGGAAAUCUUCACACGCUGUGUAGGAGUACUUAAUAUUAAUAUUAAGGGCUCAAACUUUCAGGGAAUUUUUUUGGGUGUAUUUCCAACAAAAUUUCGGGAUGG